AUGUGCGCGUGCUCCCUCGGGCAGAGAGCUCACCAUCGCAAGUAUCCCCGCGGUAACCUCCAUCCUCUUGACCUCUCAACAGUCAUCACCACACAUCACAUCUGGUCAGCCCUCCCAUCUCGAGCACAACACUGGUUCACCAAAGAUCACUCGCCCGCCAAGAUGGCAAUGGAUUCUUUCGAACGCCUCAUGACGUUUAGUCCCUACAAUCCCCGCACCACGGCCAGAGCCGCACACCGUCUCCCCCGUCUCUUGAUUCUUCGUUUUGCAGACAGCAGGACACUCCUCACGCUGCGGCUCGUCUCUCGUAUCUUUCGUGCAUGGACUAAGACUCAGGAGUACCGCUUCUUCCGCGAGAUUAAUUUUAGGAUUCGCCUUACCGACGACUAUCGUCUCUUUGCGCCCGGGAGGCUCGCCGCGCUUGGACGGCUAGGCAAAAGUAUCACUAACCGGUUGAUAAUCACAUUCAUCAUCCCAUGUAGGCUGGGGCAGAAAAUCGUGUUUAGGGACAGGAAGACCGGGGAGAUUCGCGCAGGAGGAUACACAUCAGCGCAAGAUGGCACUCCAAUGCUACCAGGAGUGUUCAAACAUUUCGAAAGCGGUCUCUUCAGGAGGAUCUUGGAGAGCAUGCCUAACCUGACGUGCCUGUGGAUCCGGGACCAGGGAAUCUCCGCUAAAGACUCGGAUCCCGAGGACAACUGGGGUCUCACGCUGGUGUGUCAGGCGCUCAUCUUCCUGCGGGCACAGAUUGAAGAGGCGCAUACGAACCGCAUUCAGCGGCGUAUCAAGCUUGAAGAGGACCUGCUCAUUCAUGAUACCAUUAUAAAUCGCCCCUAUGCGGAGAUUGUCAAGUUUCCGCAGGCUCAUUUGGAGGAGAUUGCAUUCCUCGCGCAUGCUCUCAAACUUGAAGAGUUCUCACAAUUGUUUAGGGAUGUUUCGAUUGCUGCGGAACAACGAGUAUGCCGGCCACAGCUCCAGAAGUGGCUCAUGUCCCUCCCACGUGUAUUGCCUGAAUUUCAGAGGCAACUUUCUGCAUUAACUAGAUCCACCAAGGAGCAAUUAAUAUCAUGUCUGGAGAUCUCUGAAUCUAUCCUCAAGGAGGACAUCAUCCGUCUUUCCACAGGCGUAGCGAAUAUCGACCCCUUCACGCCCGCAUGGCAGAGGUCAAUAGACCAAAUUAACAAGCUAAAAAGGCAGGAGCCACGCAGGAAGAUCUUAAAAAGACUCGAGUUUCUCAUAGAUCUCGCCGAGUCACCCUCAAAGCGGGAACAGAUCCUAAGCCACCUUGACGUCCCACUUCCAGAAGGCCCCCCACCACCACCAGUCGACCUCGACGAGCUCCGCCGCCUCUCAGAGCCCCCAUGCCUCUUCUCCUUCCAGCUAGACCUCUCCACCCCACUCGCACUCUGGUACAUCCGCUCCACCCCCCGCCGCGACGGCAGCAUCGGAAACUGGAGCUCCACAAUCACCAACCUGCACAUCAUGCUCCCCUCCCCCACACCCGGCUCGACGCGGGCGCAGCGCGGCUUCGUAAAACGCUCCUACCACACCCUCAUCGCCGAGUUCGCCCCGUGGCUCGAAACGCUCUGCAUAAAGUUCCACCCGCCCCACCCCAAGGACGCGCGCAAAAGGGCCGACGCAGACCCCUCCUUCCGCGGCCAGCGCGUGAGUCCCGAGUGCCCGCUCGUCUAUUUUUGCGGUGAUCUCGACUUUUGCAGCGCGGCGGGGGCGCCGGGGGAUGGAGGUGGGGGUCCGUUGGGGUUUCCGAGGCUGAAGAGGCUGGGGCUGAUUAAUGUGACGCUGCGGUGGGAGGGGAGGGGCGGGAUGAGGGAGUUCUUUGAGGCAAAGGCGAGGGGGUGUAUCACGUUGCAUUUGGUGGAUGUGGUGUUUGGAGGUGGGGAGGCGACGGUGGGGUGGGAGGGGCUGUAUCGGCUGUUUAUGCUGGAUAAUCCGGGGCGGCCGAGUAAGUUUGGGUGGGAGUUGACGAGGAAGUUUGAGGAGACGCGUUGA